GGGACCUUUGCUAGCGUUAAUUAUCUCUCUCAAUCCCUUCCCUUUCCUUUCCUUUGCUUUCUUCUCCCCCAAGUGUGUUCUUCUUCUUCUUCUUCUUCUUCACCUCUGAUUCUUCUCAUUUGAUUCCCCCUUUUCAUGCCAUCCCUCCUUCAUGGGCUGCGGCAUUUCUAAGUUAAACCUGGAAGAGACACGGCCAGGCUAUCAGAUUAGAACCCUUCGUCGAAGAAGUGAUGUCAAAGAUAGAGAGGAUGAAACCGAUUCUUUAACCAGCAAGCAACGAAAGAGUACUUCUUCUAUGACCAGUGAAGAUGGCAGUAGGGAUGGUGGUUUUUUAAAAAGGGUCAUCGGUUCAAAUGAGAAAGAGAAAGAUGUGGAGAGGGAAUUACAGCCUGGCCAUCAUGGCAGGAAAAGCAGUGUUUCUUCUUCCCCAAGAAAGGACCUUAUUAGUGUCUCCCGUUUCAAGCAAUCUCAUGUUGAGACAAUGGAUAAAGACGCUCCAAAGGAGAAGAAGUCUUUAAAUAAGGAUCGGGAGGCUAGCAAUAAUAAUGAGGAUGAAUAUAUCAGGCCAAGCAAUGCAGAGGAAUGUGCAGCAAGCAUAUUAUUUUCUCCAGGAUCCCCUAGUUUUAGGGUAUAUUGUGUUAAUGACUUUCCCUAUGAAGAUAAUGGUGAAGAAGAAGGAGAAGAGAACAAAUCAAAAAAUACGGGGACUGACAAGGGAUCGGAGACUCUGCCGGCGAAAAGAGGGAGGAAGGGAAGAGGGUUUAGGAGUGCCAUGCACAUGGGAGGAUCUACUCGUGGACUUAGGAGUGUAUUGCAAAGAGGUGGAUCAGCAGGAAUGAAAAAUAUACUCAAUGGAACCUCUUGCAGAAGUCAGACUUCUUCACCUCCUCAUGACAGCACCACUAAAUUGAUUGCAAAAGCUGUUUGAUAGGAUGAUGAUGAUGAUGAUUAUUAUUAUUAUUAUUAUCUAGGCAUAAGAUCUUAAUGUAUUACGAGGCAGCAAUCUUUCAUUCACUUACUUUGUCCCCUUUUUUUUAUUUAUUUUUUGUAAAUAGAAAAAAGAAAACAAUUCCUUGAGUUGUUCCCCUUUUUGUCGGAUAACUGAACAUUAAUAUUACCCUUUUAAUUUCUUCA